AUGCUGCUCCUCGCCCUCGCCUUGCUCUGCAAUCUUGCAGCGGCAGCCCUGACCAUCACUAUCCCCCCGUCCACUCACCUCCCCAAUCCGCAUGUCCUCCCAGCGACCACCCAUGCCACCCUCACCACCUUGCCCUCCACGAACCAGGACCAUAUCCUGACAGCCUCGCUCACCCGCUCAUCGACCCUGGUAUUCCGCAAUAUCCCCUCCGGUAACCCCGAAUCCUACCUCCUCGACAUUCGCUCGAGCGAGUUCAUGUUUGCCCCCUACCGCGUCGACGUCGCGGCCGAUGGCUCCAUCCUGGGGAUCUGGGAGACAUUCCGCGGUAACCCAUGGGACAAUCGGGGUGCCGAGAAAUACGUCGUCGACGUGGCGGGGAAGAGGUCGGCGGAUGUCGUCGUAGAGGCAAAGGUGCUGGGUCGGAAAGGCUUCUAUGAGGAACGCGCCAAAUUCUCACCGCUCAGCCUUGUCAAGAAUCCUAUGAUUCUUCUUGCAAUUGUCGCCCUCGUCUUCACGCUGGGCAUGCCCAAGCUCAUGGAAAACAGUAUGUGCCCCAUGCCGAAUAGCCCGAGUCGAGAAUCCGGAUUAGAUGUACUAAUCGCACACUGCGCAGUGGACCCGGAAAUGCGCGCUGAGUUCGAGCAGCAGCAGCGCUCCUCGCCGCUUGGAGGUGCUACCAGCAACGCCAUGGCCGGGGGUGGUUUCGAUCUAGCCGGAUGGAUGGCCGGCACUGCUCCUGGCCCCAUGGCCAAUGCGGAGGGUGCGCGAGGCGGUGCCACAGGCCGAGAUGCAGGUGGUGCCGCUCGACGACGUGGUUAG